AUAAGUUCGGGGCCUGUGUAUGGUCUUGCAGACACUCCUCUUGUUAUUAGGUAUUUGUUUAUGAACUGAGAAAUGAGAGGACAUUAAUUUAGAACAAGAGAAAGAAAAACCACGAAUUUUGAAGUAUGUAGAAUAAGUAAAUAACGAUAGUUGGACUGCCAUCAUCCAAGGUGGGUGAUUAUAGAGGUCCGCCGGUAAAUAGCUGUAAAGUACAAAAGCUGAAAUUGCUUGUGGUCUGUGAGAAGGCUCAACUCUACUUGGGUGUAAAAGCCAAUCGAGCCCUGUUUUAUUCUUGAAUCGGAUAGAAAGUUUCGUUUUUGAGAUGUCGGCUGAGGAAAUCGAGAAACUCAACCUGCCGAUUGACGUUGUCUCCAACGUGCUGAGGGGUGGCGACGUUGGGUUGAAGGAGAUGGUUCUCAAAUACGUCCUCCUCAUGAGUGGAAAGGACGAUUGCAGCCAGCUUACAAAGGACGAUGUGAUAAUCAACGACCUGUUAGAGGUGGCGGCCAAAAACAACAACAGUACCGGCCAAUUGGCCUUAGAUUCUAUAAUAAACAUCACGAGUUCAGAACUCGGAUGUAAUAAAGUGGUCGAGAGUUUGAACCAUUUGAAGAAGAUAUUGAAAUUUUCACUUGAAAGGAAUUCCAUGUUGGCCGACCGAGCUUGCAAAAUCCUUUCGAAUGUGACCAGGCAAGAAAAUUUAGCUGUUAAAGUCGGCAGAAUGAUCAUUAGCGAUCAUGGGUUGAGUGUCUUGAUCGGUGCGAUUUCUGACAAGUCUUACAACAGCAGUGGUCAGAGGCUGGAGUUUUUAGCCCAAGCCUUCGGGAACCUGACACAAUGCGUCGAAUUCCAAAAUUUUCUUGUCGAUCCUGUUAACGGACAGCUGCAGAGAGUGUUGCCGGUCUUGCACAGCGGGGUUACGCUGGUCGAAAGGAGUGGAAUCGCCUCUGCAUUAUACAAUUGCCUGUUUGACACGAAGAGUCAUAUGACGCUCUUGGAAGCCCCUUUUGACAUACUGCCGGUUCUCCUCCUUCCGUUAGCUGGGCCUGAAGAGUUUGACGAGGAAGAAUACGACAAAAUGCCUCUGGAAUUGCAGUACCUCCCAGAAGACAAGCGGCGUGAAGCAGAUCCGCAUGUGCGCAAUCUUUUACUCCGCUCGUUACUUCUCCUCUGCAGUACCAAACCCUGCAGGAUUUUCGUCCGCGAUCGCAAUACGUACCUGAUUCUCAGGGAAUACCAUAAAUGGGAAAAAGACAGGGUUAAUCUACUUGCAGUUGAAAAUGUCAUUGACAUUCUCAUCAGGACAGAAGAGGAAAUCGGUGUCAAUGAUCUUAAAAGUGUUGAAGUACCUGAUGAUCUCAAGAAUAAAUUUGAAAAGUGGGACAGAGAUUUCAUCACUGGUGAUUAAUUUAUGGACUUUUUUCAUUCGAUUCACUCCAUUGCCAAUUUUGGCAAGGCAAAGUUGUAUAAAGCAAUACAUAUUUGUAUUUUCCAACUUAUGUAAAUAUAUAUUUUUUGUUAUUAAUUGGA